UCCCUCCGCGCGCCGCUCCGGCCUGUCUCCCUCUCUCCCUCGCCCGGUGCUGAAGUUGGGCGGAUGGCAGCGAGCCGGCUCUGCUAGAGGACGGAGCAGCCCAGCCUCGCGCGCCCUCGGACCCCGACCGCGGUGCGCUCGCCCACACCCCAGGCCCCCCCGCCAGUUGGGAUCUGAAGUAGAGGAGAUGCGAAAAAGGCAGCAAUCACAAAAUGAAGGAACGCCGGCUGUGUCCCAAGCACCUGGGAACCAAAGGCCCAACAACACCUGCUGCUUCUGCUGGUGCUGCUGCUGCAGUUGCUCCUGCCUCACUGUCAGGAAUGAGGAAAGAGGAGACGCUGCGGGGCGGCCCCCCCACCCCCAAAACCCCACUGCAGAUGAAGUCCUGUCCUGGUCUCAAAAUUUUGACAAGAUGAUGAAGACGCCUGCAGGAAGAAAUCUUUUCCGCGAGUUCCUCCGAACAGAGUACAGCGAGGAGAACCUACUCUUCUGGCUGGCCUGCGAAGACUUGAAGAAAGAGCAGAACAAAAAAGUCGUUGAGGAAAAGGCCAGGAUGAUCUACGAAGACUACAUUUCUAUACUAUCCCCGAAAGAGGUCAGCCUUGAUUCUCGAGUUAGAGAGGUGAUCAACAGGAACCUGCUGGACCCCAGCCCGCACAUGUACGAAGACGCCCAGCUUCAGAUCUACACCCUAAUGCACAGAGAUUCUUUCCCACGAUUCUUGAACUCGCAGAUCUAUAAAACUUUUGUCGAAAGUACUGCCACCUCUACUUCUGAAUCUUAAUUUUUAUUUGAAAGGCCAAAAGAAAAGAAAAAUAAUUUCAGAGGGCUGGGAUGGGAAAUAAAAGUAGUUAAAUAAUAUCAGAAAUUAAGUUCCUGGAGAACUACAGGCUGGCUGCUGGGAAAAAGACAACCAUGAUGGUCUUUUGUCUCCAUUUUUAUCAAGGUUAUCCAUUUGGAGAAAAGCCUAUAUAAGGCAAUGAAUUGCCAAAUUAAGUUUGUUUGAUUUAACACUUGCUCUCCUUGCAAGCAAACUGUGUUCCUUGCCCUCUGAUCGGUCCCCUAGUGCCCCCCCCCCCCCAGAGGCUGCAUGUGCAAAGCAAAACUGCUUCGUCUGCCACUUAGCUGUACUCUUUAAUCAGUAGCAUACCUUGUAUCUGUAUUUAAGGACUUUUGUGCAAUUAUGGUCUCUUAGAAACAGUUGCCAACAAAUUGGCUGUGGUUUGCAUUUUAAGCAUAAUCUGAUACAAAAAAAAAAGGCUAUUUUAAACAUGUGACAGUGAUAUUUAACCAUGCUACAUACUGUUUGUAGUACACGGACUCUGAAGCCAAUUUUUCUGUACAUGAAAAAAAAAAAAAAAAAGCUGUUUAUCUCUGCCUGUUGAAGGAUCUUAAUUGUGAGAGGCCUCUGGUUGUUCACUGCCCAAAUUCUGGCAUUUUCAUUACAGAAGAGUUUGUUAUGUUUUUAAAAAAGAAAGAAAGAAAAAGAAAACAAAAAAAAUUAACAAUGGUAAGAAAAUUUCUAAAAAGCACAAAACAAUCUGCAGAUAUCCUAUCUCAUUGAAAAUUCCAGGAGUUUGUGUAGGUAUAAAAGAAGGGAAGAAUCUAUGUUUAUGUCAAAUGCCCAAUACUGUAAUUUACUUAUUAAAGAAUGGCUCUACAGGUAUAAAAGAGAUGUGUAAACUUAUGUAUGUCAGCAAGAAAACCAUAACAAGCUCGACAAUCCAGUUUGGAAUGUGAGGGAAAAGGCUGAGUAAAGGGGCUUCCACAUGUCACACUGUAAACACAUCUCGAGGAAUCGCGUGUGGCGUGUGGCCUAUUUGCCUUGGACAUAUAAUCCAGUGAAAAGUGUAUAUUUUUCCUAAGUGACAUUUUAUGAGGGGUUAUGAAGAAGAAAACCUUUGAUGUCAGAUCUUAACUGUAUUCAUGUCGUCUCUCAAGAAAGACUUAUUUUAACAUUGUUAGAAAACAAAUUAUUAACCCUCAUCCAUAAUUAGAAGGCAGUAUAGUGCUCAACUCUUUCAGCUGCCAAUAUUAUUUUUAUAAUUACAUUAGCUCUUUACAUGAAAUACUCACCUGACCUUGGCAUGUAUUUCUGACCUUCAGAACAGUAUCAUAUUGUGCACAAAACCAAAAUUACAAUCAAUGUCAUAUUUAUAUCAAGGUCUUACCUUUCAAUAUCAAAAUCCCCUGAAGACUAUUUUUUUAAUCUUAAACUCAAUGAAUAUAUAUUGAGUAACCUAAAAAAAAAAAACAAAAGAUUUAAAAAGAUUUAUAUCCACUA